ACGUGUUUUUACAUAGAUUGUAUACUAGAGGAGAGCACAAACCUUGCCUUUAUAUAUCUAUGGAGGAGAUUUUUACAAAUGCCCCAGGGUUUCAAAAACUUUGGAAUUUCGCAAUGAACAUUUCUAGUUACUCCUGUUUCUUCACAAAAAGAACAGAAUUCCUCAAAUAACCUCAAAAUCAACCUAGCCUACUGAUUGACACAUGUCAACGGUUCAAGUGGCAAAAUAUAUGUGAGAAAACCCUUUAGAUACCGUGUCUUAACGCCCCAUUGUUCCAGGGAAAAUUGGUCAUUUUUAGUGUUUACUUACAGAUAAGAGUGAAAUAACUGGCUGAAUAGUUUGGUGUUUUCCUGAAACCCAUUUAGCCAAGUUAGGUUAUGUGUAUCAGCCUCAUGCGAGCAUUUUUGUUAAGAAUUUGUUAAUUAUUUCCACCGAUAAUGGGUGAUAACAGUACGGCCACUAUCAUUAAUGAGAUCACCAACUUGACCAGAAGCUGGGAGGAAGAACACCUGCAGCCUAAUUAUGAUCCUGCGCCAACCCUUACUAGACUGGCUGAAAUAAUCGAAGUGGAGACGGAAAACUACUUGAAAAUGGACCCGGACCCUUUCGACGAACGACACCCAUCUCGCACUGAUCCCGACUGCAAGCUCGGACAAAUCCUGAAAUUGCUGUUCCGGAAGGACAAUUUCAUGUGCAAACUGUUAAACGAAUACCUGAAAGACACUUACUACAGCAGAAAUAGCAUUACUGAUAGGGACAUUGACCAGCUGAAUAUUGCCGCCUGCAGAUUGCUGCUGGAUCUUAUGCCAGGCCUGGAAACUUCCAUCGUUUUCCAAGACAUGGAGACUCUGAUUCACCGACUAAUCAAGUGGACAACUAAAUCUAUUGAGCCGCUCCAAAGCUACGCAACUGGCGCUUUGGCAGCUGCAAUGGACAUUCCCGAAAUUGCUGCCAAGUUCCGUGAAGAAAACAGCCAUCUAGUGCCCUUGUUGUUGCAGAGAUUGAAGAGACUGAAAAAUUCCUCGGAGUUCAUCAACAAUGCUGCCAUUUUCUCCAGGCCGUUUGCUCACCUUUCUUCCAUGAAAUCGCCGCCCUAUCGCGGCGAUGGCAUUAUUAAACUGAACUCCAUCUUGGAUAACGGAUUGCUGCAGGAUACCGGCGAAAUUACGCAGGAAAGUCCCAGUCCCUUGGCUGAGCCCAUAGAGGAAAGUGCAAUCAAACGCAAGCGGAAUAAUGACCACCAUUUUAUGAGCCCCCAGGUAUCAGAUACAGAUAUUCACUGGAGAAAGCGCCAGCGCUUGGAUAACGAGUCCCCCGUGCGCCCAAUCGCGAGCUCACCAGCUUCAAGCCCAAUUGCCCGCCGAAUUUCUACCGUUUUUGCCGCCGAAUCGAGUAACUCUUCCUGGGCGGAACUGGAGACUUUCAUGAUAGGCACCGUGCAAAUGUUUCCACCAACACUGGCCACGCGCCAGAUCCUCAUCCUGCGCUACCUCACACCCAUCGGGGAAUACCAGGAGUUCCUAAGCCAUGCCUUUCACGAGAACACCGCGCUGGAUCUGAUCCUCACUUACGUGAACGUGCGAGCGACCAAAGAAGCCCGUUUAGCGUUCGAGGCGCUCAAAUAUUUAGCAGCUCUAUUGUGCCACAAGAAGUUCUCCAUCGAGUUCCUGCAACGCAACGGCCUGCAAGCUUUGCUUGACGUGCCGAAACCUUCUAUCGCUGCCACUGGGGUGUCCAUCUGCCUCUACUACUUGGGGUAUUGCGAGGAAGCCAUGGAACGGGUGUGUGUUCUACCCAAAGAAAUCGUCAACAGUCUAGUGAGAUUUCAACUUUGUCGAUACUGCAGCCAGAGCGUGACACUGGCCAAAUGAACGAAGACCAAGAGUGCGCUUCUCGCCAGAUUGUCAGGCAUGUGUGCGUGGCAUAUCGCCGCUACCUGGAGGCUCAUUUGUAUCUGAAGGCAGCAGCGCUCAACCGAGCUCAAUCCCGGCCGAGCGGGGGAGCAGUUCUGCCUCCAUAUAAGCCCUGCAAAUCGUCUCCCGAAGAAAUUCAACAAAAUAUCGAGCUUCUCCUGGAGCGAAUGCCGUUCAGAUGCCAUUGGGCGCCAGUAGAUCAGCUGUUGAAGCUGGGCGAUAUCACUUUGCUGCUCAAGAUCAUCGCGUUCGCCUACGAGUGGAACUACGGCGGCAGAGGGGAAAUUGUGCGAUCGGCCCUUGAAGUUCUAGCCAUUGCGUGUGUGAUGCCCAAAGUGCUGGCAUUGCUGUGCGAAAAGGUCGAUCUGCCGGAAGAGCGACUAACGGUGGGAUUCAGCAUAGUGGUUGGAGCGGCAGAGGGCGACAUCGUUCGCGACUCGGACGUGGAAAAGGCCGCCUUAAGAGUGCUGGUGAAUUCUGUCUGUGCGCCGAUUCAGCGCCUCGGAGGGUCUGCGAUGCGGCUCUCGCAUGGUUCGACAAGCUCCCCGUCCAAGAAAACCAAGUACAAGAGCUCGGAGGAGCUGAUUCAGAAGGUGUGGGACUGCGUGCGCUCGAAUAGCGGCAUCUUGGUCCUGAUCCAGCUGAUGAACUGUAAGACACCGAUUACAGACGCUGAUUCCAUCCGAACGUUGGCUUGCAAAGGCCUGGCCGGGUUGGCCAGAUGCGAAACUGUAAGGCAGAUCGUAUCGAAGCUGCCGCUUUUUACCAGCGGCGAGUUGCAGAACCUGAUGCGCGACCCCAUUUUGCAAGAGAAGCGCCAGGAGCAUGUAGCGUUCCAAAAGUACGCCAUCGAGUUACUGGAAAGACUCUCGGGAAAAACCAAACACGGCGCCAAUGACCUGGAGGUGUCGUUAGCGAACAUUCAUCGUAUCCAUAAGGCCAAUGUGGUGGCGCAGACUAAGAUACAGUUCAACGACCGACAGCUGCUGCAGCUGAUCCACCAGCACUUGGUCACCAAGGGGUUCAUAGACACAGCGUCCAGUCUGGUGAAGGAAGCUGGACUGAGCAACGCGAUAAUGUCGCUGUCGGCGCAACACCCCACCAAGUUCCGGUACACCACCAACUUGACCCCAGUUAGGACUAGAUUGUCAUUCUCGUCGCCCUCAACAGUCCGCGCUUUGUCCGUAUUGCCAAGUGGCAGUGAACCGGCGGCAAACGGAUCCACGCCCACCAUCGGCCCGAUAAAGCUGAUCAAGAAAACCCCCGUGCAUUCGCAGCUCGCCACCACGCCGGUGCAAAAGUUGCGCCUGCAGAAGCAAAUCUACAAUGAGCCUGUGGUGCGCCCGAUUUUGCCGCCGCCUGAAGAGCCGCACGACCCCCCUCGAAUCACCCUCGACUCGAUCAUUACCGAGUAUCUGAUCAAUCAGCAUGCACUGUGCAAAAACCCGAUGGCCACCUGUCCCCAGUUCAAUCUGUUCGCGCCCCACAAGUGUCCAGACCCGAAGCGAAAAUUGGUGCCGAUCAAUUUCGCCAUGCGCCAUGCACGCAGGGAGAUGGGCUACCAGUCGCGGUCCAUGGAUCGGCGGUUCCUGCAUUCCAGGUUCUGCCCGGUGCAGACCAUUCGCUCCAACACGGAGGAAGGGUUCUUCACCUGCGCCAAGUUCCUGCCGGCCAGAAACUCGAUCAUUGUGGGCGACUACAACGGCGACAUUCACAUCUACGACAAGUUCACCGGGAAUGAGGAGCACUCGUUCUCCGCCCAUGACAACUACAUAGUGCACAUGGAGCCCAACCGAACGGGGGAGCUGCUGUUGACCAGCUCGACAUGGGGCGGCCCCAUUUCCGCCCUGUGGGGCCUCAAGGACUUUGACCUGAAAUUUAUGAUGUAAAUACGGGCACGGCCAUUGUGAAACUGGCUCCACAAUUAAGCAACCUCUACACGAAAAACAAGGCGACAUUUAGUUGGAACGACGAACUAGUGCUGACUGACGGCGUUCUGUACGAUGUGAAUUCCGGCAAGGUGAUCAAUCGGCUGGAUAAACUGAAUCAGACUCAGAACGGCGUGUUUCAUCCGAACGGGUUGGAGAUAAUUUCCAAUACGGAGGUGUGGGAUAUUCGGACAGAGUCCAGUACGCUGCAUCUGCUCAAGACCGUUCCGGUGCUCAAUCAAUGCUCGAUUAUUUUCUCCCCGGUUAACAGUGCCCUCUACGCCAUCUCAAUGGAGCAGGAGAUGGACGACGGGGACUCCUCCUACGAUUCGAGCUUUAAAACUGUCGACUCCAACGACUAUACGAGCAUAGCUACCAUCGAAGUGAAAAAGAACAUUUACGACCUGGCGGUGAACAGUUACGACACGCAGAUCGCGCUCAUUGAGAAUCAGGGCAUGUACAAUUCGGUGCAAGAGUCAGUGGUAAGACUGUACGACGUGGGUAGACAAAGAGACGACGAGGAUGAACAGGAGGAGGAGGACGAAGACGACGAAAUGGACAACAGCGACGACGACGGAUCCGAUGCAGGCGGCGGCAGCGACGAUAACAAUGCCAACAACGAGGAAGAGCGCGGCAGCAACAACGGGCGCGCACACAAUCGCACCAGCAGCAGCAGCAGCAGUAGCAGCAGUGACGAUUCUUCUUGGACGUCUUUGUCGGGUUCGGAUGAUUCGGGCGACUUUCUCCUGCAGGAACUUCUCUAGUGCAGCCGUUGACUAGAAUGUGUGUUAGUGCAGUGCGGUCGGAAUCAUCGCGCCGCUUUGAAGAUUCGAAUCGAAAUGACAGAAUCCUGCUAUGGUCAGCUGCUUGGACCAGACUAGAGUUCGCUUCUCUUUGGGGAGUCGUCGCUCUUUUUAAUUGUAAAGCAGUGCUUGGUUUUUUAAUUAUACAGUUCUUUAAACGAAAACCAAAA